UUCUCAGGAUUUGUCAGUGCCACAAGCAGGUUGGGUGAGAAUCUUCAAAACUGUGGCUGAAACACGGAAUAGUUAUUUCUUUCUGCUUUAUGGGAUAAAGUCGUCAUUUCAUCAGGCACUCACCAUCUACCAACAUGGUCAGAAUUUUGACACUGAUUGACGCCUGUGCCACAACUUCAUUACUGUUGGGGACCCUUCUGGUACUUCUUUUUUUCAAUGAGCCACAAAACAUCUCAACGCCUCAAUCACGACCACAAUCAGCACACGACCAGCACAACCACGACCGGAGACCUGCAUAUUUAAAAGAAGAAGAUCACAACGCCUCACACAAAACUUCCCCAUCGUCAAAUUGGCAAUUGGAUAGGUGGAGGGUGUCACAAAACCUAACACUAAGAUGUGAACGAAACGCAAUGUUUGAAAACGUCUCUGGCUUUGAUUCCUUUUCCCCUAUGAUUCAAGACUUUCUUUACUAUCGUCACUGUCGUAGUUUCCCCAUAAUUCUGGACUCUCCUGACAAAUGUGGAGGAGAUGAUGAGCCUGAGGAUGUCUUUCUUUUGCUCGUUAUUAAAAGUUCCCCAAAGAACUAUGAGCGAAGAGAGGUCCUGCGCAAGACCUGGGCUGCAGAGAGGUCAUAUAAGGGAAAGGUGAUUCGAAGAAUCUUUAUUGUGGGAACUGACGGUUCAGGUUUCCAGAAGGAGAAAUUGAACAAACUUAUCAGGUGGGAGCACCAACAAUACAAUGACAUCCUCCAAUGGGAUUUUAAGGAUUCCUUUUUCAACCUCACUUUGAAGCAGAUACUCUUCCUUGAGUGGAUGGACAGACGUUGCCCACAGGCUCAAUUUCUACUGAAUGGUGAUGAUGAUGUUUUUGCCCACACUGACAACAUGGUUGAAUAUCUUCAAAGUCUUAAAGACAAUAAUGGAAGUAAACACCUUUUUACUGGCCAUCUGUUGAAAGGAGCGAGUCCUAUAAGAAACCCAAAUAAUAAGUACUUUGUUCCGCCACAGGUGUACGAAAAAAAGGUUUACCCACCCUACUGUGGAGGUGGGGGAUACCUUCUGUCAGGCUAUACAGCUUUGGCCAUUUACAAAAUAUCUGCGAUGGUCCAAAUUCUUCCUAUUGAUGAUGUUUACAUGGGAAUGUGUUUGGCUGCAAUGAAACUUAAACCUGACUCUCACCUGGGUGUGAAAACACUUUAUUGGUACAUUCCCUCCAGACAAGUUGAUAAAUAUGAUCCUUGUUACCUCAAGGAUUUACUUUUGCUUCACAAAUUCUUGCCCAGUGAUCUAUAUUUCUUGUGGCAAGAAGUACGCAACCCAAACCUCUCAUGUAGUGAUACAUGAAAAACAGUUGAGCUGAAAUAAACUCAAAUGAACUGUCUGAACAAGACCUGGGUCAAAAAAAAAAAAAAGAUUUAAGUAACUGGUUAGUUAGGCAGGUAGUAGCACAUUAUAGCCUGUUAUUUUUUACAAUAGUGAGAACGCUAGGUACUUGCAGUAGUUAUUUAGUUAGUAAGCUAGUUAUCAAUACUAAUAAACUUAUUUUUGCAGCUAUACCAUAUCACUUGUUGGGCAGGGAUUUCAAUGCUUUUAUUCUAGAUUUGAUUAGCUAAUUACAGAAAAAACACACAGUAAAAAAUAACAGCAUUCAAACAGUGAAAUCUAAACAUAUGCUAUGUGAACUAGUGUUUAAACGAGCACCAGAUUUCUGAGUACAAGUGAACACAACAUAAUAUUCUGUGAGCUAUGUUGUAGGGUAUUUUUUUAGUAUGUAACUUGUUACAUAUUGAUAAUGUUUCCUGUUAAUUCUCAUGGAACCUGUUUUUAUAUGUGUUGCAUGUGUUGAGAUAAUAAAUGUUUCUUGUAAAUUUAA